CCGGAAGUAAACAAAACAAACUAUGCUUCUUACAUACCACAUUAACUGUCACUGGAAUGGUCAGCCUCUUGACCACCUGUCCACUGAGUUGUCCCUACAGAAGCAUGGCGGGGACUUAAAGCUUGAGAUCAUGUCUCCUUUCUUCAACACACCCAGCCCUGCAGGACAGCCUGGUCAGCCAUUUCCACAGCUGUGGGAUGAGGGAGAAGUUGUUGAGGCAUUUUUCUUAAAUGAUGACAACCAGUACUUAGAAGUGGAGUUCUCACCGUAUGGCCACCACUUAGUCCUCAUGCUGAAUGGUGUUAGGAAAUGCUUUAAGGAUAAACUGCCCCUUCAGUUCAGUGCCAAUAUUGAAGAUAAGAAGUGGACAGGCAGUGCGCUAAUCCCGCUGCCUUAUUUUCCUCCCAAGGUGACCAAGUUCAAUGCCUACGCCAUACACAACUGCAAUAAGGAGAGACACUUUGAAGCACUCUACCCAGCUGAUGCAGAGAAACACACAGAACCCGAUUUUCAUAGGCUAGAGUAUUUCCAGCCAAUAGAUUUCAAGACACUUUUGCCAGAGAACUGGUCACCGGAUCAUAAGUCAGCCUGGUGGACACAAGACCACUAGAUCUGUACUGUACUGUACUGUGGAUCACCGACCAAGACCCAACAGUGCCCUCUACUGGUGUUUUUGCAUGCUGGUGAACUCCAUCUACUUGUAACACCGAGUUUGCCAUGUUAUUUGAAAAUAUCUUCUACUUUUUAAGACUGAUCUGGUUGAGAUGGAAAAUGUGUAUUCGUCAAAUGUGGCCAGAUUAUUGUUAAUUUGUUUCAUUUUAUUUGUUGAUCUGUUUUUACUAAAUCAAAAGUUAUACUGGCACUAGCCAUUAGUUUAUAGGGCAGGUUUGUGACUGAAUUGCAGGGAAACUGGAGCACAAUUAGUACUUUGAUAUUUUCAAACAUAUCUAGUUUCAGCUUCAUUCAAAAUAAGUGAAUUGCAUGGAAUCGGGUUCAAAAUAAUACACAAGUAUGGGUUUCUUUUCCUAUGUGGGACCAGUCCAAUCUUGGGGAAAGCUACAUAAAAGGACAGCCAAACUUUUACAGGCAUGGGGGCUUCAUUAAGUACAAGACAUUAUUCUGUGAAGGUAAUUUUGAGCAUUUUCAGUUAAUUUUCCUCAGACCAUCGUUAAUUCAUUUAAUAUGGUGUAACCAAAUGGAUUUGAAAUUUUAGGUUAUUCCAAUAUUGGAAUUGGUUUUUAUCUCUUAAGUAUACUGGUCCAUGUUCGAGUUUGAAUUUUGUUAUCCUUACCACAUAUGAAGAGCAUUUCAAAUUUUUGUUCAAAUGUUAUCAGUCGCAAAACUGGAAUCAUUUCGAUUAGAAAUACUUGCCCCUUUGUGCCUUUUUUGCAAACUGUAGAACAGUCUUUGGGAAGAAUGCAAUAUAAAGACAUCAAAAAUCAAAGGCAAAUUUAAGCAUAUAAAAUACUCAGUACAAUAUAAUAUCAAAAUGGUCAAUUAAGCUUACAUAUUUAUUUACACAAUGUACACUGUUGACUUUAAGAACCAAGACUCUGUGAUGAAAGAUGUAAUAUCAUUCAGGACAGAAAUUCACAUAAAACAAUAUUCUCACCCUGUGAAAGAAAUUGGGCGAUUUAACAUAGUGAUAAUAAAAGGCAGAGUUUGUGCAGAUCUUGAGUAAACUUUCAGCACACUAGGUUCACACUGGCAAACUUUUCCUUUAGAAAAGGUUAAAUUUUCUAUUUGGCAAAAAUUCUGGCAAACGCC